AUGGCAACCAAAUACGAACUUUCAAAGACCUAUCAGUACCGCAAGGUGAUGAAGCCUCUGCUGGAGCGCAAGCGUCGUGCGCGCAUCAACAAGUGUCUGGAUGAUCUCAAGGAUCUGAUGGCCGAGUGUGUGGCACAGACAGGCGAUGCCAAGUUUGAGAAGGCCGACAUCUUAGAGGUAACAGUGCAGCAUUUGCGCAAACUGAAACAGGCCAAGGCUGCCGACUCUGCUGCCGCCGCACCCGAGCACAGUUUCCGUGCUGGCUACAUACGCGCCGCCAACGAAGUCUCCAGAGCUUUGGCAGCACUCCCAAAGAUAGAUGUUGGCUUUGGCACUACUCUAAUGACACAUCUGGGCAUGCGUCUCAAUCAGCUGGAGCAGCCAUUGGAGCAGCCUAUGUCACUACAUACGCCACUCAGCAUCAACUGCGGCGCCACUUACAACAGCAACAUCGCCAGCAGCACCCACAGCAGCAGCAGUCGCGAUACCUACAGCCCCGUCUCCAGCGGCUAUGCUAGUGACAAUGACUGCGCUGCCACACCCAACGCCGCAAAAUCGCUGUUGCAGAUUAGCAACACCGGCAGCGUUUGGCGUCCUUGGUAAAUGCUAUCGUUGUCUGGAUGGACAACUGGGCUGGGCAAGCACGCAAUGGAACCUGUAGCUUUACAAUGCUUUACAAUGAUCUUCAAAUUGACUCUCAUUAAGUGUUACGCAGUUUAUAAGUUAAGUCUGUGAUAGGGCAAAUUUUUA